AUGCCUCUCAUCCUUGACUCUACAUCAAUAGCCCCUGUGGUUCAGUCUUCGGCCAUGGCGAAAGACUAUAAACCUUUCCUUCCUGCCGUCGUUGUCCUCAACCGAAGAUACUUGAUCACUGACAAUGGCACUGCCGCCAAGGUUGGGGCUGCUGCAUUUGCUGCCUCGGUGGUUCAGGCAUUUGUGGAAAGAGGAAUCUUUUUGGGAAUGAUCCUGUACCACAGGGAUGAAAAUAUCGCCGAUCCAUACAUCUCCAGCGAGGCCUUCAGCUCGAUCUCAACCGUCACUCUAUCUUUCAACUUCAAUAUGAAUCAGAGCAAAGUCGCGAAUGCUUUACUCAGCUGCAUCAGGAUCCUCAACGCAGCCAGCCCCAUGGAGGGAACCCCGAUGUUGUAUUAUCAAACCGACACGUUGCUAGAAUACCACCCACGCCACAUCCCUCUGUGUGUCACACACCAUGGCCCCUUUUAUGGAAGCUUUGCGACUAUCUUCUCCAAGGAGGCUGCUGCCCUGGCAUUUGGGAGCAUGGAGAAGGCGGAGCAUCUGGAAAGACAGCAAAGCAAGGGAAUUGAGAUCAUCAAGAGUCGUGAGAAUGCAUUUGUCCUACAGCACUCCCAGCUUCAAGGCAAUUUCCUGGCCUCCCGGGGAGUCACCGCCCUUCGUGAGCUGUGCCCGCCCAUUGAACUUCUCACCGAAACUGAGGAAACGAAAGACGAGCUUGCCGAAAACAUUACAAACUGGUUUAACUUCGAUGGGGUAGUGAUGUUCACGGCAGUUGCUCGCUUGGAUUACUUUAAAAAUAUCGAUCUGCUAGUUGACGCGGCUAUUACCCUAUGCGCCCAGGGUAUACCUCUCAGGGUCCUCGUCGCAGGGGGAGAACAUGCAGAUAGCAAGGAGCACAGGGCACUCAUGGACAAGGUCCCAGCACAGUACCAGCACCUCUUCCUCUUGGUAGGCAAAGUCUCGAGAUCCGCACUUUACAGCCUAUUUGAAGUCGCAAGACAAAACGGUAUCUUUGUGUGUCCGUCUCGUUACGAGACUCUUGGUAUUACACCAUUGGAAGCGGCUUUGAACGGUGUUACAACGGUGAUCUCCAACUCCAAAGUUGUGGAAGCUUCCAGGUUCUACCCAGAGGAGUUUCGGUUCAAUCCAAACCCACAGGAUCUCGCGAACCUAAUUUUGAAGCUGUCUGGGCCCCGGGGGACGUUGGCUCAUUCAGGGGAUAUGAUUCGCCUCUAUGUAGGAAAGUCUAUCCAGGGCAGCAGAUUCCGUUCUGAUUUACUGGGAGCAUGGUCUGACUUUUCGGUGCAAUACAUGAACACGCUAGUAAAUCAUAAUGUGCCAUCCAGGCAGCCUCAGUUAUGCUUGGAAACCGCGCAGGAGCUUGGAAUUGGCAUGAAGGAGCAGAUGCGAGUUCUUGCAUGA